CAAAGCAUUGCCUCCUCUAGCUUUUCAGCCGCAUCUUAAUCCCUUUACCUAACACAAAAACCUCCAUUACACUUGUAGGCAAACAAAACCUUGAUGUACACAGUACACCCCACUGGUGUAGCUCCAUUGUGCUCCAAGUAACUACUUUGUUCACCUCCCUUCAAAGCAUUGCCUUUAUCUUUAUCAUCCCCAUAUAUAAUCCCUUACCAAACACCAAAACCUCCAUUAAUACACUACAGCUAGGACAAUCAAGACAAGAUGUACACCACUUGGAACUGGUUCCUUGGUGUUCUUCACCUUGUCACAUGGGGUUCAAGUUCAACCCUCCUAACCAUCUAUGCCAUGCCACCACAAUCCCCAGUUCAAUGCAGCACAACUGGUGGCUGCACCCUCUACAAUUCCUAUGGUGUAUGGGGAGACAGAAAGGAUUGCCAUGCCCCAAAUGUCACAUACCCAACAACCGAACAAGAGCUCCGGUCAGUCGUGGCCUAUGCCAAUCAAAAUAAACUCAAGGUGAAAGUUGUGACCAAGUUUUCACAUACCAUACCAAAAUUGGCCUGCCCCACAUCAAAUUCCGAAGCAUCAUUACUUGUCAGUACUGAAAAAUAUAACUCCAACAUAGUAGUUGACAAGGACAAUUUGGUUGUCACGGUUGAUGCCGGAGUAGGAUUACGUGAAAUGAUUGAUAAAGUGGAAGAAGCUGGACUGAGUUUAGUGGCGGCCCCGUAUUGGGAGGGUGUGAGUGUGGGAGGACUUAUUAGCACUGGGGCACAUGGAAGCUCAUGGUGGGGAAAGGGAGGGGCUGUUCAUGAUUAUGUUAUUGGCCUUAGUCUUAUUGUUCCUGCUAGACCAUCUGAAGGAUAUUCCAAAAUUAUCAGAUUAGAAGCACAAGAUCCACUCCUUAAUGCAGCUAAAGUAUCAUUGGGAUUGUUGGGAGUUAUCUCUAAGGUGAAGCUCUCACUAGAGAGAGGAUUCAAAAGAAGCGUAACCUAUAAUUUCACGAACGAUGAUCAUUUUGAAGACGUAUUCAUGGACCAUGCAAAGAAGUAUGAAUUCGCAGAUAUAACUUGGUAUCCAUCAAAGAAAACUGCAGUGUACAGAUAUGAUGAAAGAGUUCCCUUAAACGUUUCUGGAGAUGGGGUUUAUGACUUCAUUGGGUUUCAGUCCAAUUUAAUAAUGAUCUCCAAAUCAAUUAGAGCAACAGAGAAAACAUUUGAGAAUACCAGGGACGUGAAAGGUAAAUGCACUCUAGCAACUACUACUGUGGCUGCCAAGAAAUUAGUGAGUAAUGGGUUAAAGAAUGGCCUAAUCUUCACUGGUUAUCCAGUAAUAGGUCAACAGGGAAAAAUACAAACCUCAGGUUCAUGUUUCUAUUCAUCAAGCUCGUUUAGUACAUGUGCUUGGGACCCAAGAAUUAAUGGGCUCUUCUUUUAUGAGACAACAGCAAUAUUCGCAGCUCCAAAGUUUGGAGACUUUAUCCGUGAUGUGAAAAAAUUGAGAGACCUAAACCCAGAGAAUUUUUGUGGGGUGGAUGUCUAUAAUGGAUUUCUAAUACGUUUCAUUAAGGCUUCUGGGGCAUAUCUUGGCCAAUCUGAGGAUUCUGUUGUGGUUGAUUUCAAUUAUUAUCGUGCUAGUGAGGCUUCAACACCAAGACUAAACCAAGAUGUUUGGGAAGAAGUGGAGCAAAUGGCAUUCUUUAAGUAUGGGGCUAAGCCACACUGGGCUAAAAAUAGGAACCUAGCAUUCUUAGACGUGCAGCACAAGUAUCCAAAUUUUAAUAGGUUUAUUGCUGCAAGAAAACAAUUGGACCCUCAAAACAUGUUUUCAAGUGAAUGGUCAGAUGAGAUACUAUUUGGGAAGGAAGCUGCAAAUAAAGGUGAUGGGUGUGCCUUAGAGGGACAGUGCAUAUGUUCCGAAGACCGGCAUUGCAGCCCAGAAAAUGGAUAUUUCUGCAAACAAGGUCUUGUUUACAAAGAAGCUAGAGUUUGUAGGUAUUCACAUUCCUUAAGUGAUAAUGAAUAUUUCUACGGAAUUCGAUAUUAAACAAUUUCAUUUUUUGUAACCCCUCCCCUCUCAAUAAAAUAAACUUAGUCUGCACGAUUAAUAUGAAAAGCAAGUUUGAU